AUGUAUCACCACAUUUGGAGACCGCUGUUCGUGCUGGUAGCUGGGAUGUUCCCAGCUGCCACUGCGCAAAUAUGCAACUCACCCAACGGCUCCUACUUCUUCAUCGAGAACCAGCCUCAGCUGGACUCGCUCGCAGGCGCAUGCACCACCCUCAACGCAUCAGUCAACAUACUACCCCCCUACGACGGGCCCUUCUACCUCCCCAACAUCCGCAACAUCAGCGGCACGAUUGAAUACCAAAAAAUGUACGAUGCUUCACGGUCCGUGCCGAUGCCAACAUCCAUCGACCUCCCGGACUUGGAGUUCUGCAAAUCCGUAUAUCUCGGCUCCCUGCCCUCGCUGCGCAAUGUGUCCAUGCCGAAAUUGAGGACGGUGGAUUGGGGCUUGUACGUGGACAAUGCGCCCGAGAUCGAUUUUCGGGCUGUGCAGACGGCCGAGUAUGCGUCGUUUACUGGGGGGGAUUUGUCGAGGUUCGUCUUCUCUUGCAGCUUCUUGGCUUUCAUCGAGUAA